CGCCUGCGCGAGCCGAGCCCUCCCAGCAGCCUCCGGCGCAAGAUGGCGGCGCGGGACGUUCCGCGUUCGCCUGUGUGACGGGGACACGAGGGACUGUGUGCCGCUGUGUUCCAGGUAACUCGGCCAGCCUUUCGGGCGUGUGCCGAUGUGCUGCCGUCCCAGGCCGGCUCGAGCCUCAGCCGCGGCGUCGCGUGGAGUUCCGCGUUGAGUCGGCGAGAAGGCAGAAGCGGAGCCCCGGCGGGUGCGAUGGCCGCGGUGGUGGCCAAGCGGGAAGGGCCGCCGUUCAUCAGCGAGGCAGCCGUACGAGGCAACGCCGCGGUCCUCGAUUACUGCCGGACCUCGGUGUCAGCGCUGUCGGGGGCCACAGCCGGCAUCCUCGGCCUCACCGGCCUCUACGGCUUCAUCUUCUACCUGCUUGCCUCCGUCCUGCUCUCCCUGCUCCUGAUUCUCAAAGCGGGAAGGAGGUGGAACAAAUAUUUUAAGUCCCGGAGACCUCUCUUCACAGGAGGCCUCAUCGGAGGCCUCUUCACCUACGUCCUCUUCUGGACGUUCCUCUAUGGCAUGGUGCACGUCUACUGAAAUGAGGGCAGGGGUGACUUAAAAAGAAAAGAAAAAAGGUUGGCAGGACUCUUGCCGGCCGUUAACACCGUGUAGACUUACUUAGUUUUUUGUUUGAGUUCGCUGCUUGUUCUGUACUGUUAUAAUUUAUAUCUGAAGACAGAGAGCCUGUAAUAUUCUUCAGAUUAAAUGAAGUGUGACACUUUGUCGAGUUCUUUCCUACCUUGAGGCUGAGCCACUCUUUGAAGUCGCCAGAAUUUGCUCCUAGCAGGCACUAGGCCAUAGCCUGUAAUUGUCUUGGAUUUCCACCUAGUGGAUCCAAAGGGCUUACAGGAGAGAACAUAACGUCCAUCUUAAGGACUGUUGACAGUUGGUGGUACCAAGCAUUCUCUGUGUGCCGGCACUGUGCCAUGUACAUUUUGCAUCAGGUAUGUUUUAAUUCUAGCAAUAACUCUGUGGAGAUGUUACUGUUAAACUUCUGUUGAUGAAGAACCUGAGGCCCAGGGAGGUUAGCCGGCAUCGCUUCCCACUAACCACUGCUUUCCGGUAUGAAUGAAAUAAGUUAAGUUCCAGUUACCUGGUUACAGCUAGUUACCUUUCCUAUAAGAAAAAAUGCAAGCUAUUUUUCUAAAAUGUGUCCUGUGGCAGCGAUUAAAUAGGUUAUUUGGACAUUUAA